UUCCCCUCGCUUAUCUUUUGCCAAAGGAGACGGGAGGCUCCGACUUGGUGGCUUUUUUCUCUUGGGCAGGAUAGAAUACCACCCACAUGGGCUUUGUAGAAGACUCCUAGAGAGAGAAAGGAAAGAAAGAGAGGGUGGAGGAGAGAAAAAAGAAGCAAACAAAAGCCACCCCAAGCAAAAGAGAGAGAAAGCGAGAAAGAGAGAGAACAUCUCAACACAAGCUAGCUAGCAAGCCAGAUAGUGAUCAAGGCCAGGCUGCUGCAGGCAGUAGCUCACCAGCACCACAAGGCCAAGGCCCGGUCCUCGUUCUCCGCGCCGCGCGAACCCUAUUCCUUGUUCUUGAAUCUCUCAUCCCCAAUCCUACACCAGUACAGUGUUUGAGAGGAGAGAGAAUUAAUUCGGGAGAUCUAGAGAGAGAGAGAGAGAGAGAGAGAGAACGAAGGGUAGGAGGUGCGCGCGUGGGAGGGAGAGAAUAGAAUGUUCCCUUCCAAGAAGGCCACUAGCGCCGCCGCUGCCGUGAGCUCAAAUGAUGGGCCGAUGUGCGUACAGGGCGACUCGGGCCUCGUUCUCACCACCGACCCCAAGCCCCGCCUCCGGUGGACCGUCGAGCUCCAUGAGCGCUUCGUCGACGCCGUCACGCAGCUCGGCGGCCCCGACAAGGCGACCCCAAAGACCAUCAUGAGGGUUAUGGGAGUGAAGGGGCUUACUCUCUACCACCUCAAGAGCCACCUUCAGAAAUUCAGGUUAGGGAAGCAGCCGCACAAGGAGUUCAACGAUCACUCAGUUAAGGAUGCUGCCGCAAUGGAGAUGCAACGAAACGUGGCGUCUUCUUCAGGCAUAAUGGGAAGAAGCAUGAACGACCGCAACGUGCACAUGAACGAGGCUGUCAGAAUGCAGCUGGAAGUCCAAAGAAGGCUACAUGAACAACUAGAGGUGCAAAGGCACCUCCAAAUAAGGAUUGAAGCCCAGGGGAAGUACAUGCAGUCCAUCCUGGAGAAAGCCUACCAAUCCCUCUCCUCCGGCGACUUCGCGGCGUGCCCGGCGGGGUACAAAUCCCUAGGGAACCAAGCGGUUCUCGACGUGUCCUCCCUCAAGGACAUUGGCCCUUCCAUGGGCUUCCCUUCCCUGCAAGACCUGCACAUCUACGGCGGCGGCGGCCACCACCUGGACCUGCAGCAGCAGAUGGAGCAGAGCUUCUUCGCGUGCGGCGACAGCAGCAUCGGCUCUCUGGGGAGGAGGAGGCCCAGUCCUUACGCUGCCGGCAAGAGCCCGAUGAUGUGGGGCGACGACGAGCAGGGCAAUUGCAAGAGCGACCAGCUCCAGAUGGCGACGCCGAUGAUGGACGGCGGCAUCGACGUCAUGGACUCGAUCGCCGACGUGUACGGCGACGAGAAGCCCAUGAUGUCCGGCGACUCCACGGGGAGCAAGGGCUUCGACGGCAAGCUCGAGAGGCCGUCGCCGCGGCGGCCGCACAUGGGCGGAGAGAGGAUGGACAGCCCGUCGGUGAUCGGAGGCCAGACGAGGAACUUGUCCUACGGGUAACUAGCUAAUCGAUUAACCAGUACUUAAUUUGCUUUGAAAUUAAAGCAGACGAUUAUUAUUAACCGGUGCAUGGCUAAAAAUAAGUAUAGCUGGAGCAAAAUGAUGAUGAACUGAGAUAUAUACCAUGUUUCGUUGACGAUCAGGAUGAUCUUACGUACUGUGGUGCAUCACUUGUUGGAUGAUGCUCCAAGAUUAUCUAUUUUGGAGAUGUAUGUCGUUCUAUGUAAUUGUGUUAUUGAGAUCGAUGGGUGUACAUGCAUGUGUAACUUAAUUGGUAAUUUUGCAUGCUGUGAGGAAAUAAGCUUUCAUUGAUCAUCGGAGGCAUGUAAUUGUGUCGAAAAACAUGUUCAUUGAUGGAACUUUCUGAUACUUGUAUUGUAUACUAGUUAAAUA